CGACGUAGUUUUAUUGUUUUUUUCAAAAAACGACGCAGUUUUACUAUAAUUCAGAAACCCGAACUCAAACAUAACCUUUUCUCAGCCCAAAGAAGAAGAAGAAGCAGCUCUGCGGCUGCGCUCACAACCGCCGUUUUGUCACAGCUGGCAACCAGAGAGGAAUGACGGCUUAUGGUGCAGUGAAUUCUCUGAGGAAUACAAUUGAUUAUAUUCUCCAUUCUUCUCAUUUUAUCCUCGUUGAUCCCUCUCCACAUAUCAUACAACUCGCCUACCACGAGUUGGAUCCAUUGCAAGAAAUUCUGGAAAGUUUGGACAGGACGAGAACAAGCAAGAGCAGGAAGAAGGUGAAUGGUUUGGAUGGAAGAAUCAAAGAUUUGAUUUGGAAAUUCGAGGACGCGUUGGAAUCCCUUCUCUACCAACAGAUUCUUUCACAAGUAGAAGAUGAAGGAGUAAUGGAAGAGGCAGCAUGGGAAUCCCGAGGCUUAUUGAAGUCCCUUCCCUCACAAGUUCACAACAGAUUCUUUCACAAGUAGAAGAUGAAGAAAUAAAAGAGGGAGCAAGGGGAUUCCAACACUUACUGGAAUCCCUUCUGUUUGAAAGCCCUCCUCUACACCACACAACCACAACCACAACAACAAGACGGGUGCUGCAUAAACACGAAGCAAGAAUCAUGAGAGAAUCUCAGGCUUCACAAUCUAGAAGCCUAGAAGAUGAAGGAAUGAAAGAAGGAUCAUGGGGAUUCCAACACUUAUUGGACUCCCUUCUAUUUGAAAGCCCUCCUCUACACCACACAACCACAACAACAAGAAGAAUCGGAUUCUCCAUUGAUCUGCAAUUCCUACAACAUCAUGUUCCAUCCUUCAUCGAGAGGCUGAAGGAUAUGGAGGAGGAAUACAUUUAUGAAGUAGACAAUAUGCCUGAAGAUGACGACGAGGAAGAAUCUAUUUACACAAGAAGGAGGACCAAGUCCAAGAUGAUUGGAUUGUCGGAUCAGAUCCAACAACUCAAAGAGGAUAUUAUGCAAAGUUGUGACAACAUGAACUUCGCACUUGUUGGAACUGCAGGCGUUGGGAAGACUGCUCUUGCUGAGGUAGUUUUUGAAGAUCCUAAAAUCUUGAGGCGUUUUGAGCAUCGUGCAUGGGUCAGGGUAGGCAGAAAGUCUCAAUUCGAUGAUGUUUUUCGAGAGAUUCUAGCUCAAAUGUUUGGAAUCACACAAGGAAAUGACGAAUAUAGGUGGCUACUUGGAAAAAGAUUGGAGGGAAAGAAAUGCCUCAUUGUGCUCGAUGAUGUGUGGGAGAGACGGAUAUUGGAUUCCUUGUUAAGUUCCUUACGGAACAUCGACAAUAUAUCAAUUCAUAUCUUGGUUACUACUCGAGACCGGAGCAUAACUUAUCCUAGUUAUACAACUUUGGUGCGGUUUAUGAAUGAAGAAGAAAGUAAGGAACUACUAUGCGAGAAGGUGUUUGGUGAAAAUGGUUGCCCUUUUCAACUUGACAUCCCAAAAUUGCCAAAAUUUUGGCAAUUUUGGCAAAAUUGCCAAGAACUGUGAAGGUCUUCCUCUUAUGAUAGUCACAGUGGCUGACAUCCUAUCAAAAGCCCAGAAUGCAGACCCCAAAUACUGGGAUGAUGUAGCAGAAAUGCGAAAUUCAGUCUUCACUGAUGCAUAUAAUGAGAUAUCAAAGGUACUUUUCCCAAGUUACGACUACUUACCUCAAUAUCUUAAAAUGCCUUUUCUGUAUAUGGGAGUCUUCCCUCCAGAUUAUGACAUCCCUCUUUCCAAGAUCAUGAAUAUGUUGGCUACUGAGGAUUGGUUUCAUAACACAAAAAAGAAACGAUCUUUGGAGGAUUCUGUGUGGCAAUGUUUGGACGAGCUUUGUAAGAAUAAGAAUCUUGUUUUAUUCAACCAAAGGAGCAUUUCUAGGACUACGUGGAUGAUUGUCAAUCGCAAGUUUAAAACUUGUCGCCUUCAUUCUUCGUGGCGGCAUGUGUGUAGAGGAGAGGCUCGGAAGAACAAGUUUUAUCAUGUCCUAAAAAAGCUUGUCGAAGGCUUAGAAGAUGAUGUAAAAGGUCAGCGUUGCUUGUGUCUUGAAAAUAAUCUUUUAUUUGGCAUCAAAGAAUUUUGCAACUCUGUGAGAUUGAACUGUGCAUCCUCUACACGUUCUCUCCUCUUUUUCGGUCCAUACCACCAAUAUCCAAUCCCAGUAGGUGAUGAUUUCAAGUUGCUUGGGAAACUAGAUGCUCUUAAUCUACGUUUGUACACUUUUCCAAUAGAAAUUCUAACGUUAGUCCUGCUAAAGUACCUUGCUCUAACUUGCAAUGGAGAACUCCCUGCAACCAUAUCCAAACUUUUCAACCUUCGAGUCUUGAUUAUCCAUCCACAUAAUAGCAUUAGAAUUUGUAGAGCUCCAUCAUAUAUACCAAUACAAAUAUGGGAUAUGCAAGAGUUAGAGCAUAUUGAGAUAUUGGGGAAGAGCCUUGUAGCUCCAUCUCAUUCUACUUCUUUGGAAAAACUCUCAGCACUUAUAGGUGUGAAUGCCAGCAUUUAUACCGUCCUGGACCUUUCCAAAAAAGUUCCUUGCAUACGGAAAUUAGGAGUUCAAAUCGAGCUAACGCCUUAUGAUGACCAUGACGACCUUAUUAGUUACUUUGGUUGUGUUUCAACACUUGAAAGUUUGAAGAUAUUGAAGUGUAGUAUCAUAAAUCCUGUGGUGAAGUACGGUUAUGCAUUUCCUAGUUCAUUGUUAACUUUUCCAAGUGUAUUGAAAAAGUUACAUUUGAGUGGCAUGUGUUUUUCUUGGGAACACAUGGAUGUAAUCGGCUCUUUGCCAUUUCUUGAAGUGCUCAAAUUGCGAGCCUACGCCUUUCGGGGUCCAAAGUGGGAAGCGCGAGAGGGAAGUUUUAUGAAAGUUAAGUUUCUUCUAGUUAAAGACAGUGAUUUGGUGCAAUGGAAACCGAAAUUUGGAAGCUUCCCUGAUCUUGUGUGCCUAAGCAUGAAACAUUGCUACAAACUAGAAGAGAUCCAUUGGCCGUCUAAAAUUUCAUUCGGAGUGAUUGAAUUAAGAAACUGCAAUCCUGUAGCUUUGACUUGUGCUAAGCAGUUACAACUGGGAAGAUAUGCUUCCGUUGAUGUUACGGCCACUUCUUCUUUCGACGAGAAACCCAUUGCUAUCAAGUUUACAAGGCAUGGGUUUGAAAGAUUGAGACAAGGUGAGGCACCAUAUUCUCCAUUCCCACUCUCAGUCUUUGUAUUCGUAUUAGAUUGUCAUCUCACAUACCAAUAAAAUUAGAUAUUUUAUAUUUGUAACUUUAGUAAUUAUCAUAAUAAAUGCAUAUAUACAACUAAUUAUUACAUUCAUACAAGUAUUAAAUAAGGAUAAAAUAGGAAAAAUGUCAUAAAUAUACUCUCAAAUUUUGAAAUGGGACACUUAUUGAGAAACAAAAAAAUGAGCUAAAUAGGACAAUUAUAAAAAAACACGAGGGAGUACUAUUUUGGAUUGUGUUGAAGAUUAUAAGCUCUGACUGAAUUAAUUACUAUUAUAAAUGUGACUGAAGGAAGCUAAUCUUUUGAUAUGAACAAUUUUCUCUUUGUUUUGGUAUCACAUGUCAUCAUUAGGUUUAAUUAAGUACCAAUAAUAAUAAUAAUUUGUAGCUGUUUACAAAAUGAAACCUGAUAGAAUGUUAAUGUAUAUUCAAUGAAUCAAUAUAUAUAUAUUCUUCUAAAUAUAUUUUAUUGGAUAUAGAUAUUUAUUCAUAAGUCUUAUCAAAUGGCUACAGAUUUAUAUCAAAUAGAUUUAGUAUAAUAUUGAAUGAAUUCAUAUAUUCCUAUAAAUAGAUUUAAUAUAAUAUUUUGUACUCAAGACACUUUUUCUAUUAGUAUAGAUAGAUUAGAUUUGUGAUUUAAUUUAUAGUCUUAUUAUGGUAUAGAUUGAUAUGCCUAAAGAAUUUCAUAUGAUAGUUGAGAUAUAAAAAAAAAUUGUGUAUUCACCUU